AAAAGUCAUUUGUCAGUUAAAUGUCAAACUGAUUGCGACUUGCUUGUAACCCGAAAUUUUACAAAACUAAAUAAUAAUCAGUGGAAACAUCAAGAAUAUUUAGCAAAUAUGGCUCAAACAGCGGGCGUGAAGCCUAUGGCCAUUGCAGGGCGUGUGGCAAUAGAACGUGAAAGAUGCCUUGGUAUGACCGAUGUUGAGAGAGCUUGGCGUAAGCAGUGGUUGAAAGAUCAAGUCUUGGCUCCUAAUGAACCUGUGCAUGUCGAAGAAUAUUGGAGAGAACGCACCAAUAUAUUCCGCCGUAUCUACCGCAAGCCUUUAGACAAAUUGUUCUCGGUGCUCACGCCAGUGUUGGGUGCAUCACGCGCUGCUGACUAUAGAUACAUAACUGGGAAACUGGGAUUGAUCGGUUUUGGGAUUCUUUGUGGUCAUUAUUACUUCAAAUACAGUGGAAAUGACUGGACUAAGAAGGGAGGCUGGAGAGUGCAUAAGUCGAAGCCAAUGGUUUUGCCAGGACAGCCAGGUUUCCCCUUCAGAUCUGGCUUCAAACCUGAUGAUUAUGCUGCCCAGGGAUUCAAGAGCUCCCCAAUAUAAAUGCUAACACAAAUAUAUUAAUUUAUAAUGCAAGGUUUUCCAUCUGUUAUUGCAUGAUAUUAUUGUUUAUUAGUUUUAUCAAUAAUAGUAAUUAAAAGAGUAUAAAAAUAAA